AUGCCGCCUCACCCCCUCGAACUACCCUCAACCCUCUCCCCAGACGCCCUCGACACCCUCACCGAACUAACAGGCAUCCUAACCCGCCUUCGAACCGCAAUCCAAACCUCGGGCUCCUCCUCCUCCAUCGGCGGCGGCCUCACCACAGGCGCAACCCCAGCCGGCGCCGGCGCCACACCCAACCCUCUCGGUUCCGCCGCUGGCGGUGCCGCCAGCCCCAACGCGCCGCUCUCCCUCAAAGACGUCCCCGCGCAGACCGACGCCCUCAAGCACAAGCUGCAGCGCGCCCGCACGCAGAUGCGCACCCUCCCGGAUAUGGAACGGACCGUUGAGGAACAGGAGGAGGAGAUCAAGGAGCUUGAGGAGAGGAUACGGAUGCAGCGUGAGGUGUUGGAUCGGUUGAGGGAGGCGGGUGUGAAGUUUGGGCAUGAGGAGGGCGGGAGCGGGGAUAAGAUGGAGACUGAGUGA